CAACCAUGCCGCACAAGAACAGAGCCAAAACCAAAAAGAAAGCCAAGACCAAGACCAAAACCCCACCUUUCUCCACCUCGGUUCCUCCCGCACCGCCGGUGGAGCCGGAGGCGUCGGCACCGGCGACCAACGAUGUCCUCGCCGAGGACGCCCUCCGCGACAUCCUUGGCCGCCUCUCUGUCGCCGACCUUCUCCGGGCCGCGCUCGCCUGCCACCGCUGGCGCCGCGCCGCCUCACGCUGCCUCCCCCGCUCCGCUCCUCUCCUCGGCUACUUCUUCCACCCCACCGCCCCCGGUUUGCCGUCGCCCCAGCCCUUCUGCAAGGAUUUCGAUCCCCACGCCGCCUUCGCUCCCUUCGACGCCUCCUCCCCGCGCCUCUCCCUCGACUUGGCUCCGGACGCCGACCGCUUCUUGCUCAUGGACUCCCACCAAGGCCUCCUGCUCCUCCACCCGGCCAUGCAGCUACCCGACGGGGUCCUCCCCCGCCUCCUCGUCCUUGACCCCGCCACCCGUCGCCGAGCGCUCCUCCCAGCGCCGCCGCGCGACACGCUGCCCGACGACCGCCGCUGGCGCAGCUCCAGGCACUACGUCGGCUGCGCGCUUCUCUCGCGUGCGCACCCGGGCAGGCUCUGCUUCGAGGCCCUCUGCUACGCCCUCGACGGCGGGCAUCCGCGCGCCUGGGUCGCCACUGUGAACGACGGCAAGUGCGUCUGGCGCGCGCUCCCGCGAGCCACGGACAUCUCCGUCGAUUUUGACCCCUACUGGUUCGAGGGCCGCUGCGUGCACGCCGCCGGGAAGAUGUACUGGCACAUCUGCAACUCCGCCCGCCUGCUCGCGCUGGAUCCCGCCACGCUGCGCUUCUCCGACAUGCUGGUGCCCGACUUCCUGGCCGACCACUUCUGCACGUUCCGCAUCGGGGAGACGCCGGAGGACGGGAGGCUUUGCAUCCUGGCCGUGGCCAAUCAGCAGCUCCAGCUCUGGGUGCGCGGCGAGGCCGGAGGAAUGAGCGACAGCGACAACGGCUGGGUUCUCGAGAGGGUGAUCAUGGACAUGGACGUGGUCUACGAUCAAGUGCCAGACCUGCCCAAGCACGACGACAAGCACAGGUUCUGGAGCGUUUGGCCCAGCGACUUGGACGCCGGCCGCACAGGGAAGGCAUUCAUCAGGACCUGGGGGUACGGCCGCUACUCCUUGGAUCUCAACACUCGCAAGAUGGAGCGCCUGGCGACGAAGCGUGGCAAGAACUACGGGCACCCCAUGUUCGCCUACACCCUCGCGUGGCCGCCUGCAUUCCUCGCUCCAGAGCACUGAUCAACCUUCUGGUUGGUGACUCCGGAGGCCAGGUGUAUCAGGACGUAUUUCGUUUGAAGUCGGCUCACAUCUUUCACCUGUGGGUUUACCGAGAUCGUUAUUUACUCCGCCCUUCGCUCUGAACAAGAGUCAUUACCUCAUUAUUAUGUGGUACUCCUAUCCGAUCCAUAAUAAAUAUCUGGUUUUUUUUU